AUGGAAAAGCCUUUAGAUGUUAUACAUGUAUUCAAUGUGCCAAAUGGAAAUGCAGGCCAAUAUAUUAACAGUGCUGAAAGUUUUCAAUCAUCGAAAAAGGAUGCUUCUGACUCCAGUAUGGCUCCAGUUAAACUACGAGUUACUGCACAGAAGUCUAUGUUUCAGUCUGCAAUCGGAGGAAUUAUCUCCUGUCUUGGUAGCGCAGUUGGGACAGGGAACAUUUGGAGAUUUCCUCGAAUUCUAGCAUCGCAUAGCCAUUCAACUGGAGCUUUAACAUUCUAUAUUGUAUGGUUACUUAUUUUAUUCCUUUGGUCUAUACCAAUCAUUUUGGUUGAAUAUUCAAUUGGUAGAUUUACAAGAAACUCGGUUACAUUGGCAUUGUGUAAAUUUUUUGGACAAAAAUUUUUUUGGUUAGGUGGAUGGAUGGUAUCUGUUGUCUUUCUCUUAAGUGCUUAUUAUCCAGUUAUUCUUGGAUGGUGUAUAUACUAUCUUUAUAUAUCAUGCUCAGUUGCUUCAUUGCCUACUACAGAACAGGAUGGUUUGGAAAUUUUCAAUAACUAUACACAACAUUCCUACUGGCCAGUAUUCACACAAAUCUUAGCAGUUGCACUCAGUGGCAUCUGUUUAGCUGGUGGAAUAAAAUGGAUUGAAAAAGCUAAUAUGAUAUUGGUUCCGCUUCUUUUGUCAAUUGUGAUUUUCACAUUCGGUUGGUCACUGACAAGACAAUAUGCCGAAGUUGGUAUUGUUUUUCUUUUCACACCAGCAUGGAGCAGUUUUGCUGAUCCUAAGUUAUGGAUUGCUGCAGCCGGACAAAAUGCAUUUGAUACUAAUGCUGGUAUGUCUGUUUUGGCGACUUAUUCAACUUUCAUGGCACGUGAUUCAAGGAUAGUUUCAUAUAGCUUUCUAAUUCCUAUCGUCAACAACGUUGUAAGCUUUUUUGCAUCCAUCACAAUAUUCUCAACUGUAUUUUCAACAAUUAUACAAACAAAUCCAACAGCAACACGUUCAGCAAUUGUAAGAAUUAUUAAGACUGCUGGUCCUGGGAGUACAGGACUUACAUUUACAUGGAUACCUGUAUUAUUCUCCAAAGUUGGAAUCAGUUCAUUGCUUUCUCUUACUCAGGUAUAUGUCUUGUCGAUGAAGGAAUUUAAUGUUCCUCAUCGGCUUGCAGUCGGUAUUGCUUUAAUUGCCUCUAUGCUUGUUGGUCUACCUUCAGCAAUCAGCUUAAACUUUCUUACCAAUCAAGAUAAUACAUGGGGUUAUGGUUUGAUAGUAUCCGGUUUCUUGUUUUGUCUAGUAGUCAUUAUCUAUGGACCAAAUCGUUAUUUACGUGUUCUUAUUAAUGAUUAUGGAAUGAAUGAUUGUCAUUUAACUGUUGCCUGGAUUCCGAUAAUUGCAUUUCUAGUACCUUUACAAUCAGUAACAUUAUUGGUCUGGUGGAUUUAUGAAGCUGUCAGUCAACAUCCAGACUUAGAAUGGGUAAUUUUGAUAGUACUCCUUUGGAUCUUAAAUGUAUUCCUUUAUCGAACAAAUAUGCUUGGUGAAGCAUUAAAACGAUCCGGUGGAUGUGAUCCAUACAAUCCAUCAACUUAUACUAAUUCAGAUACAGAUAAAGAGAACAAUAAUAUGGAAACAGAAGAAAUGAAUGAAUUCAACUCAAGUAAUACUGUUCAAACGCGACUAUAG